AUGAACAAAGUCCUGAAGACUUUACCGUUUGCUGUAGGGUUAAACCUGACGAGCAGUACAAUAUGUCUCGUCUCACCGAACAGCAGAUAUGCCAGCGAGAUCGACGAGCGCAGUAAGAUCAGCAUGCCUCCAAAAAGAUCAUCAGCUCAGCCAGGUAAUCCACCUCCCAACAGUCGCAGAACUACGAGAGCUGCUACAGCAAGCCAGAGAACUGCAUUCGCGGCUUCUGGAAAGACUGCGGCCGGCGUAGGACCGCCAAUGCUCAAGACACAAUCACAGCCGAAAUCCACCGCGCCCACGCCUACGCCUGCAACGAAGCCGAGAGCGACUACGUUGACAACAGAGAAUGCACUAUCAGGACUCCUACCACCUGAAACCCGUUUCUCAACUGGAGUCAUCGAAGCACUUGUCGCUCCACGACCAGUACCUUCUCACCAAGCCAGUGUAGCCAUCAAAGGUUGUAUUCUUCUGCAUGGUCCUCGGGCUAUCCGCAAGUACAGCAACGAUUUGGAGAAUGAUAAUGAACGACUUGAACUCCAAAGGCUCAAAGCUGUUACAGAUCCACGUGCAGCGGUCCCUAUACCUCAUCAAAGAGAGCCCGAGAAGACGACGGAUCUUGACCAUGGCGACUACGGCGACCUCGGAGGGUCUCGUCAUCAUAGUGGUCACUCACUGGGCGACGAGACCGAUGACAACAUAGACGAUCGUCACGUUCAGCCGAAUUACGACAAGGGCAAAAAGCCAGUGCACAAAGCCAACACUGCUCAAGACGCUGAGGAGCCAGGUGACACUCGCAGUGGCUUCCGCUUCGAUGACCCAGCUGGUCGUGGGAGUCAGCAGUGUGAGGGCAGCAAUCGCAAAGACAAUGGCGGUGUUUCUCCUCUUCUGUCUGUCCCAAUAGACGGUCCAGAAAAGGACUCUCCUACUGGCGUGGACACCAUAGGGGCUGACAUGGCUCCAUCCCUGAGUAUCCUGAAAGAAGACCAUUCGGCGUCCAAGAAACGCAAGAGCCAAGUAGCUACUGAUCAACGACCUGAGGUGGGAACGACCGAUGGAUCAGAACAGCAGAGCCCGACAAAACGAGCCCGUCAUUCAGGCCAAGGUAAAGCCGAAGAAGCUCAGCAGCCACCAGUCUUACGCUCUGAGCCUAUGGAUCAAGCUCGGCUUACAUCUUCUGCUGAACAAAUGUCUCGCAAAGGCCACUUGGCUAAGAAGGGAGACCAUCGUGUUGAAGACUCUGUUAAGGGCGGCCCUACACAGUCGGUUGGGACUUCAAGCAUGUAUUCUCCCAGUGAAUACGAGAAGAUCUACGAAAUAGCGGGCUUUAGAUAG